AUGCAGGGAAUUGGAAAAGCUAUUUCUCAACUGGAAAAGGUCGCCACGGCGUCCUUGCGACCUUUGCCGACAGAGACCGGCGAUGGGAGCUAUGUGGCAGAAUCAACCGCCACGGGUCUAGUACAGGACCUGCCUCAUGUUGAUCUGGGGGACUUGAAGACAUUGCUGGACGUGACAAAAAAUGCUGCCACAGGAGAGCCUAUAGAUGAUAAAGGCUAUGUGAUGGAACGGUUAAUUCAGCUUGCAUCCGGCCUCCCUUCUACAUCGCGGAACGCCAAGCAAUUGACAAGCGCCUUCCUCAACCAGCUGUGGAACGACUUGGAUCAUCCACCCGUCUCCACUGUAGGAGGCGAAUAUUCUCAUCGGUCCGCGGAUGGAUCAGGCAAUAAUAUCUUAUGGCCUGGUAUUGGGGCCGCCGGCUCUCACUAUGCGCGAUCAGUGCAGCCCAAGACAAUGCAGUCGCCAUCUCUGCCGGACCCGGAGGCUCUGUUUGACUCCCUUCUGGCACGGAAAGACUUCAAAGAGCAUCCGAACAAGAUCUCCAGUGUCUUGUUCUAUAUCGCUUCCAUUAUCAUCCAUGAUCUAUUCCAAACAGAUCACAGGGAUAGCUCCAUCAACCGGACGUCUUCGUAUCUAGAUCUUUCUCCUUUGUACGGGAACAAUCAAGAUGAACAGUAUCUCAUGCGGACCUUCAAGGACGGAAAACUUAAGCCAGAUUGCUUCUCGAGCAAACGGAUUCUGGGGUUCCCUCCUGGGGUCGGCGUCUUGCUAAUCAUGUUCAACCGGUUCCACAAUUACGUCGUCGAGCAAUUGGCAGCAGUCAACGAGGGCGGACGGUUUACCAAACCGUCUGAAUCUAAUGACAAGGAAUAUGCCAAAUAUGACAACAAUCUUUUCCAGACUGGCCGGCUUGUGACGUGUGGCCUAUACAUCAACAUAAUCCUGAAGGACUACGUGAGGACAAUCCUCAAUAUCAACCGAACCAACAGUACCUGGAGUCUGGACCCCAGAAUGGACAUGAAAGAUGGCUUGCUUGGUGACGCCGCACCUCUGGCGACAGGGAAUCAGGUUUCAGCUGAAUUCAACCUCAUCUACCGGUGGCAUUCGUGCAUCUCCCAGCGCGACGAGAAAUGGACUACAGACCUGUACAACGACAUAUUCUCGGACAAGGGCCAGGAAGAUAUUCCUCUGAACGAGUUCAUGAUGGGCGUUGGUAAAUGGGAGGCAGGGCUACCGCAACAGCCCGCGGAACGUCCAUUUGCUGGUUUAAAGCGCAAGCCCAAUGGCCUGUUUGACGAUGAUGACCUGGUCACUAUUUUCAAGGAAAGCGUUGAAGACUGUGCGGGGGCCUUUGGCGCCUCUCAUGUUCCAACUAUAUUCAAGAGCAUCGAAAGCCUCGGUAUCAAGCAGGCUCGUGCCUGGAACCUUGCCACGCUGAACGAGCUCCGUCAAUACUUUGGCUUGACCCCACACAAGACUUUCGAAGACAUCAACUCUGAUCCAUACAUCUCUGAGCAACUUCGCCGACUGUACGACCACCCGGACCAGGUAGAAAUUUAUCCGGGUGUGAUCGUCGAAGAGACGAAAGAGUCCAUGCUUCCUGGAAGUGGUCUCUGCACCAACUUCACAAUCUCGCGGGCUAUCCUCUCUGAUGCGGUCGCUUUGGUCCGCGGGGAUCGCUUCUAUACAGUCGACUACACGCCCAAACAGCUUACCAAUUGGGCUUUCACGGAGAUCCAGCCUAAAGACUCCGUUGACCAAGGCCAUAUGUUCCAUAAAUUGGUGUAUCGAGCUUUCCCCAACUACUUCAAGGGCAACUCAGUUUAUGCCCAUUUCCCUAUGGUUGUUCCCUCUGAGAAUCAGAAGAUCUUAACAGCGUUGGGAUCCGCUGAAAAAUAUAGCUGGGAUAAACCGGGCUUCAUUCAUCCGCCACAGUUCAUCAAUUCUCACUCGACGUGCGUGUCUAUUCUGGCCGACCAAGAGACUUUCAAAGUGUCGUGGGGCGACAAGAUCGAAUUUCUGAUGAGCAAUCAUGACAAAAUUUACGGCAAAGACUUUAUGCUCUCUGGUGACCGCCUCCCCAACGCUGAAUCGCGUAAGAUGAUGGGAGCGGCCUUGUAUACCGACCAAUGGGAAGAGGAGGUGAAGAAGUUCUACGAGAAGAUCACAUUGAAACUCCUGAAGAAGCAUUCCUACAAGAUUGCUGGAGUCAAUCAAGUAGACAUCGUGCGCGAUGUUGCAAACCUCGCUCAAGUUAACUUCUGUGCAAACGUCUUCUCACUUCCGUUGAAGACCGAAGCCAGCCCGCGCGGUAUAUUUACCGAGUCAGAGUUGUAUAUGAUCAUGGCUGCUGUCUUUGCUGCCAUCUUCUACGAUGCGGACCCUGCGAACUCCUUUGCACUCAACCAGGCUGCCAGAGAGGUAACCCAGCAGCUUGGACAGGUGACAAUGGCCAACGUGGAGCUCAUUCAUAAAACGGGCUUCAUCUCGAACCUCGUCAACGGCCUGCAACGGCAUGAUGUCCUCAGCAAUUAUGGCAUCCACAUGAUCCAACGGUUGCUUGCCAGUGGCCUUCCCGCUUCUGAGAUCGUAUGGACUCAUUUGUUGCCAACGGCUGGCGGGAUGGUAGCGAACCAAGGACAACUCUUUUCGCAAUGCCUUGACUAUUACCUCUCUGAGGAGGGGUCCGUUCAUCUCCCGGAGAUCAACCGCCUCGCCAAGGAGAACACCCCCGAAGCGGACGAGUUGCUGCUGCGAUAUUUUAUGGAGGGAGCCCGGUUGCGAUCCUCGGUUGGUCUGCCCCGUGUCGUGGCGAAGCCUACGGUUAUCGACGACAACGGCACAAAAUUGACCUUGAAGGAGGGCCAACAUAUUCUUUGUAACCUGGUUGCCGCAUCUCACGACCCUGUCAGCUUUCCAGAGCCCGAGAAAGUCCGGCUUGACCGGGACAUGGAUCUGUAUGUUCAUUUUGGUUCCGGACCGCAUAAAUGUCUCGGUUUCGGACUCUGCAAGCUGGGUCUUACCACAAUGCUCAAAGUCGUUGGAGGGCUGGAUAACCUGCGACGGGCCCCAGGACCUCAGGGUCAGCUUAAACGGCUGGCUGGGCCUGGUGGGAUUUCCAAGUACAUGACUGCGGAUCAGAGCGGCUUUUUCCCGUUUCCCACUACGAUGAAGAUCCAGUGGGAUGGUGAUUUGCCUGAACCUGCCUCGGAUUAG